AUGCGGCCUUCAUCUGUUAUACCGGUCCUUUCGACACUUGCCCUACUUCUCGACCACGCACUAUUCACAACCGCAACCCCGCUCGGCCUGGAAGAAAAUGCCCUCGAAAACAUACUAGAAAAGCGUUGUGCCAACCCUUGCGGCUACAACGACUGGCUCUGCUGUGAGACUGGUCAGACGUGCACUACCAACAGUGCCAAUGAGGCUGUCUGUUCAGAUGGCAGCGGUAGUGGUGGAAGCUGGGAAUACUUCACCACCGUCUACACGCUGACCGAAACCGACACAUCGACAAUCACAUCUGUAUGGAGCAGUCAAAUAGCCGCAGCCACGAGCACAGGCACCUGCAGAGUGGACCUGGGCGAGACAAAGUGCGGUACCACUUGUUGCGAGGCUGCGCAAGAGUGUGAAGACGGCCAAUGUGUUGCAGAGAGCUCUUCGGUUGCUGUGACUGCCACGGGAACAGGUGCAGGCGGAUCAGAAGCAACACCUGGCGUUCGAGGAACGAGCAACGGAGCCAGUACCGUAACAGCAACCUCCGCCCCAACGACUACCGAGGGCUUCACCGCACCUGUUGGAACAGAUGGAGCGGAUUUGAUCGGAGUCAAAGCCUCAAACAAUGAUGGAGGAUUGAGCGGCGGUGCGAUAGCAGGAAUCGUCAUCGGUACGAUCGCCGGUGUUUUCUUGUUGCUGCUUGUCGCUGCAUGCCUAUGCUGCAAGGGUAUUUUGGAUGGUUUCCUUGCAGCUCUCGGCAUUGGCAAGAAGCGCCGUAGACAGGAAACGACCUAUAUUGAAGAACGUCACUCUCACCAUUCACACGGAAGUCGGCCUCCUGUUGCUGCUCCUGCCGGGCGUCGGUGGUUCGGAUCCAAGCCACCCGCAGAGGGCAGUGAAGUGAGCGAAAAGAAGUCAGGGUUUGGAUGGGGAACGAUUGCCAUUAUCCUUGGUGCCCUUGCCCUUUGCUUGGGAUUGAAGAGACGCAAGGAUAGAGAGCAUGACGAUGCCAAAACUGAAUCAUCCUACCCGAGCUCUUACUAUUAUUAUUCCGACUAUUACUCAGGAACAAGUACGUUGAACCAUUCUGAAAUACCAAAGAAGCUGUACUAA